GUACUCUGAUAUUUAAUUCAACUGCCUUGCCAAGGCUGAGAAAGCUCCUCCUGCAUGUUGGCACUGCAUUGAACAAGUGACAGGUUAACAUCGUUUUCUGUGACGAGACUAUGCACCUAGCCUAGAUCUGGGUCGAAAUCUCAUGCUAUUCGGAGGUCGCAACGUCUUUGCACGCGGAGCGAAACAGGGGACGUCGCCGUGCCUGCGAUCGCUAACACCGUCGCUCUGUCACUAUUUGGCGACGCGCCGGUGGAGAAGCAUCAUGGACGGUGCACCAGGGAGUAAGCGACAGCGUACCGAUGGCACGCUGGCCAGGGCUUCGGCGCGGGAGGUCCCCGGCACCCUGCCCGGCACGGUGGCGGUGGAGGUGGCCGGGGUGCUGCCCCGUCACGAGGUGGGCCAGACCUUCCUGGUGCCGGGCCUGGUCAUCCGGGAGCACUUCUUCACAGUGCCCCUGGACUACAACGGCUCGGAGGCCACAGCCGGCAAGACGAUCACCAUCUUUGCACGUGAGGUCAUGGCGCCCGCACGCAACGAGAGCCUGCCCUGGCUGGUCUACCUUCAAGGCGGCCCCGGCUUCGAGGCUCCCCGCAUGAGCGAGGUGAGCAUCUGGGUGCGCCCCGCCAUUAGCAGCCACCGCCUGCUGCUGCUGGACCAGCGCGGCACCGGCCGGUCCACGCCCAUCACCACCACCAACCUGCCUCUGCGGGGCGGGCCGGAGGAGCAGGCCGAGUACCUGAGCUACUUCAGGGCUGACAGCAUCAUCAAGGACUGCGAGGUGGUGCGGCGGCUGCUGGUACCGCCCACCUCUUUCGGCGGAAGGUGGAGUGUGCUGGGCCAGUCGUUCGGCGGCUUCUGCGCAACCACCUACCUCAGCCAGGCGCCGGCGGGCCUGAUGGAGGUGCUGAUCACAGGCGGCCUGCCUCCAGGCAUCAGCCUGCCUUGCUCCGCCGAGACCGUGUACACGGCGCUGCACAAGCGAGUCAUCGCCGCCAAUCACAAGUACUACGACAGGUUUCCCAAUGACGUGGAGCAAAUGCAGCGCAUUGUCAAGUACCUGGCGGAGCAGCCGGGCGGCGGCGCCACGCUGCCGGACGGGACGCUGCUCACGCCGCGCCUGCUGCAGACGUUGGGGCUGAGCGGUCUGGGCUCGGGCGGCGGCUUCGAGCGGCUGCACUACCUGCUGGAUGGCUUCUUCGACGCGGAGGGACACAUGACGCCCGCAUUCGCCAAGGCAUUUGAUGCCUGGCACUCGUGGGACUCCAAUCCCCUGUAUGCGCUGGUGCAUGAGGCCAUCUACUGCCAGGGCGGCGAGGCGUCCAACUGGGCUGCGGACCGGGUGCGGGCGCAGGAGCCGUUCGCCAGCCAGUUUGAUGCGGUGGCCGCGGCGGAGGAGGGUCGGCGGGUGCUGUUCACCGGCGAGUGCGUGUACCGCUUCAUGUUUGAGGACUUGGCGCCGCUGCGGCCGCUGCUGCCCACCGCCGACGUGCUGGCGGCGCGGACCGAGUGGGGGCCGCUGUACGACGCCAAGACGUUGGCCAGCAACAAGGUGCCCACGGCCGCUCUAGCCUACGUGGAGGACCUGUAUGUGGACUUCGGGCUGAGUCAGGAGACGGCGUCCUCCAUUCGGGGCAUCAAGCUGUGGACCACCAACGAGUACCGCCACAGCGGCAUCCGCGACGACGGCAGCCGCAUCUUUGAGCGCCUGCUGGGCAUGGCGCGCAACGUCAUCUUCGACUGAGCAGCCGAUCGGAGCAGUGCCAGCAGCAGGCGAAAAUCGCGUGGAGGGAUGCUGUGCAAGCGAGAAAGGUGUGGAGGGAGGGGCCUAGGAGUUUGAGGAGCCGUGCAGAGCAGCUGCAGCGGCUGGUGUUCAAGUGAAACCGUAGCAGAGGAUGUUGGCGGCGGUAAGACGAGUUCGUGCGGCGCGGGCAUGAGCAAGUAAGGCGCCAGGUGAUGAUAUGUAGUACAUACCAUUGAUUCAUGUAGUAGUGCUGAUGGUGGGAUAAGCUUGGGAGGUGCAUCUGGUCUCCCUCUAAAUUGUAGAAACCCAAUAGACGCACAGGGCAUAAGUACUAGAAUCUCGAGCUACACACACUUGUUGUCCCACGGCAUACCCGCCGGUACGUGUAGGACAUAGUAGAGCUGGCGGAAUCAGAAUGUAGUGUUCGGUAGGUGGGGUGGGUGUGGGCACCGAAGUACCGAAGAAUGUUGGGUGGGUAAAGGCGUCCGUUAUCAUGGACGACGUCUGCUCCUUACUGAAGGCCAGAUCCACCCACAUCCGCCGCCAUCCACCGGGUGAGCAAAGACCCACGAAUGAAGUGUAUGAGCGGGGCACAUGCCUUGUGU